GCGCCUUUCUGCCCGUUCAAGUUCUCGUGGCUGACACGAAAGGUGGGGGACAUGUCCGACGGACAUCGAUGCAACUGGCACUCGAAGGGCGUAAUGGUGGGUCAGAAUGGCACACUUGUGGUCCCCGACGACCAGCUGGGCACGGAAAGUCAAACCACGGGGAACUCCAUAGUAGGAAAACUCCCAGGAAAACUACAACCGACUCCAUCUCCAGGGCUGAGGGAGACUUGCACCACAUCUCCAACCACAGCCGCGGGUCCUAGGCCUGCUGAGGACAAGAACAUUACCAGUAUUCGUGCUGGUAUUGGUGGUGGAUGCCGCCCCCUUGAGCCGCCCUCAGUGCUCGUUGACAGAUGAGUCUCCCGAAAAGCCAGUCCAAGACGCCAGUGGUACCGUCCGUUGUAUACGCGCCCACAGCAGUCGCUUUGCUCUGACUCACCCUCGCGCGCCUUUCGUCGACAUGGUCAAUGUCAACUGUGGACAAGCUUCUUCACACCUUGCCCGACACAGGCAUUACUACACGGACCGCUUCGUUUCCCUAGCAUUUGCCCUGCAUGCGACCUACUGACUGUACCUCCCUGCGUACCUGCUGACUGACUGAUCUUGGAGUCGGCGAUCUGAUACUUGGAUGCAUUGAAAAUCUCAGGUUUGGCAUGACUCGAUCCCUCUUUGGUAUAUAAACACCAUCCAGCCAUCCGAUGGUUCCACACUCGUCCCUAUACUCACUGUACAUUCCAUCCCCAAUAUCUAUCUCUGUUCUAUAUCCAACUGGCGGAUAACUCUCCUGUUGCGCUCUUGUGCACGAAAUAGGACCUGAACACCACCACUACAGACCCUGCCUUCUCAAACCCUGCGCCGAUAUCCAGCCGACUACCUUCCCCCAUUUGGUCUGGGGAACCAUCCUUGACCAGCGGCUACAUCAGUCGCUGCCCUUGAAUCUCCUCUUCUGUCCCCCCUGUCUUUGCUUCCACAAUGCACUCUACGUGCCACCAGAUAUCUGGCGACAUGCCUUCCUUCCACACCGCCACAGCGCCCUCAUACUCUGCGCUGCCAAAACCGCUAGCGAUUCCCGGCGUCAUGGCAGGACGACGGGGGUCGUCUUUGGCCAACGCCAUUGGACUGCGCCGGAAGAGUGAAAUCGACAUUGUUCUAGAUGGCGAGGCCGAGUUUGUCCACUCGUAUUCCACAUUCGACGAGAUCAAAGGUCGAGCGAAUAUCAAGUUCGACAAGGACACAUCCUUCGAUAACCUGUGCAUCACUUUCGAAGGCCAGAGCUCAACCUACGUGGAGAGGAUCACGACCACCACGCCUACGACGGGACGUACAACGGGAAACCAGACGUUUCUCAGAGUUCAACAGCCGAUUGAUCAAAGCUGUUUACCAGCCGACGGCGUAUUCCGGGGCAACGUCACCUACAGCGUUCCAUUCAACUUUGUCGUCCCGGACCGCUUGUUGCCCUUCAUCUGCACUCAUAAAGUGGUCGAUGAAGACAUCAGACAUGACCACACCCAACUCCCUCCAAGCAUCGGAGACCCCAAUGUUUCCGGAGAAGGCAACACCCUGCUGGAUGACAUGGCUCCCGAAAUGGCCAAGAUCGUCUAUUCUAUCCGAGCCCGCAUCUCCAGAUACAACGCCGUGGGCCGGCUCCUCGAGUUGGCCGACAAGUCAGAACGGGUGAGACUGGUGCCGGCACGAGACGAAGCGCCGCCGUUGACCAUGGGGGAACCACACCCUCUUGACGAACACGUCAUGCGGCGCGAGAAGAGCGUCAAGAGAGGCCUGUUCAAGAUGGGCAAGACGGGCCGUCUCACCGCGGAGACGAGCCAGCCCAAGAGUCUGCGUCUGCCGUAUGCUGGACGACGCCCGACCGAGCCCGUGUCCACCAUGGCCACCAUCAACCUGCGCUUCGAUCCGCAGACAGGUACCGACGAACCCCCUCAGCUCGACUCGAUCGUCACCAAGUUAAAAGCGAACACCUUCUUCGGCGCCGCCCCUUACUCUCGGCGCCCAGAGCUGCGAAAACACGACAACUGGUCGACGCUGCACGGUGUCUACUCCCAGUCCAUCACCCUGGCAUCGCGCCGUGCGUCAACCGUCUCGUGGACCCGACACAGCCCAUCUGACCGCGACAUGAGCUUUUCUUCGUUGUCAUCGUCAUCUUCCCAGAUAUCUCGCCGGCCAUCGUCGAACUCGACCUCGACAACGUUGUCGAUUCCCGAACCCUCGUGUUCCUAUCAGCCCGGAUCGCCAUUCUACACCGCCAGCGUGCUGGUCCCCGUUGCUCUUCCCACCACCUCGAGCAAGGUCUUUGUGCCCACGUUUCAUUCCUGCAUCAUUUCCAGAACCUACACACUCGACCUCGACAUUUCGUUCCGCGGCCCGGGUCCCAGCAGCCACAUCAACCUCCGGACGCCGACCCAGGUGUCUGCCGAGGCUGGUGUCUCUCCCAACCCACAAGAAUCCGACGAUGCCAUCCUCGCAGAGAUCGAGCAGCAGUUCGGCUUGUAUGAACGCGAUGUCGUGGGACUUGACGACCAAACUCCCAUUUACGAAGAGACGAAUUCGAGUUCAACAUCGAGCCUUCUGCCUGCUUUCACGGCGGUGGCCAGUGCUCCCUAUCAUUGUGGUGUCAACACUACUACCACCACCACCACUGCUGCUGCUGCUGCUGCUCCGCCAGAAUAUCAUGCCGGAUUGCCCGCCGCAUACAGUCCUAGAGAUGUGUCCGGCGGACCUAGGAUGCAGACGCACACUCCCACUCUGGGCCGUCUGGGUAUAUUUGCCUGAAAACGUUUCGUCAUAAGGUAGCUGGAAGGAAUGUGGAGGGGCAGUCCGAAGCCCAAAGCCGUUUCUGGAACCGAGCGGCCGAAUAUGAACUCGGGCCUGUAUCUGGAAUGAACAUGAACGAGGAUGUGAACGUGAACGUGAAUCAGGAAGUCAACCUGAUCAGGUUGAAACAAAAUUGGAGUUGGAAUUGGGAUUGGAACUGAUAUCAGACUGGAGUUGGCUCUCUUUACAGGCUAUAUAUAUACCUUACCUUCUGUUACUGGUGAUAUAUUAAUUAUACUCAAUACUGCUACCAUGCGAUGGUAUAUUAUGAUAUACUAUGCUACCUAAUGUAUAUACCCAAAUUCAACUAACCAGUUGCCGGCUACAGUAAGUGAUAGUAUCAAGAGCCUCCUGUAC